UAUUUAAAUUCAAGCACUCUCCUUCUUCCUCUUCGAACAAAAAGUUUUCUGCCUUCAUCAUCGUCGGCAUGGGGGACGAGUACGAAAACUCAACGCGUGAAGUUUUGAUACCGCCCAACAACAAGUUCACGAGGAGCAUCUCGCAUGCGCAGGACGAGUUGCACAGUUUCAGAUCAUAUCUCCGAUGGAUGUGCGUGGACCAAUCGAAUUUGUGGAGGGCGUGUCUUUCGUGGUUCGUGUUUCUGCUUUUCGCCAUUGUUGUUCCCGCGUUUUCGCAUUUUUUCUUGGCUUGUGGGACGUGUGACGCCCACCACGACCGGCCCUUUGACGGGGUGGUUCAGGUGUCACUGAGCAGCGUGGCCGCGCUCUCGUUCAUUUGUUUAUCUGGGUUUGUUAAGAAGUUUGGGCUCAGACGGUUCUUGUUCUUUGAUAAGCUAUGUGAUGAAAGCGAGACUGUAAGGAGAGGAUACACAGAACAGCUCAAUAGAUCAUUGAAGAUCCUCUCCUAUUUUGUCCUCCCUUGCUUUGUUGUGGAGACUGCAUACAAGAUAUGGUGGUAUGCUUCCGGUGCCUCACAGAUUCCCUUUUUGGGCAAUGUUUACCUCAGCGAUAGCAUUGCAUGCAUAAUGGAGCUCUGCUCUUGGCUCUAUCGUACUACUGUCAUAUUCCUCGUAUGUGUUCUCUUCCGUUUGAUAUGCCACCUUCAGAUCCUACGGCUCCAGGAUUUUGCUCAAGUUUUCCAGACGGAGUCUGAUGUGGGGUCUGUACUGUCUGAGCAUCUUAGGAUCAGGAGGCAUUUGAGGAUCAUUAGCCAUCGAUAUCGUGUGUUCAUAUUGUGGUCCUUGAUCUUAGUCACAGGGAGCCAGUUUGCCUCAUUGCUUAUCACAACAAAGUCAAGUUCUACUGUGGACAUGUACAGGGCUGGAGAACUUGCGCUGUGCUCCAUAACCCUUGUCACUGCACUCCUUAUAUUAUUGCGAAGUGCAUCAAAAAUUACACACAAGGCACAGGCUAUCACAUGUCUUGCUGCUAAGUGGCAUGUUUGUGCCACGCUAGAUUCAUUUGAUUUAAAUGACAGUGAAACUCUUAUGGGUGCUGGUGCGGGCCAAGCCGAUCAUGGGAGUGGCCAUGGGGGAUCAGAUGCUGAUGAUCUUGGUGAUGAAGAAGAUGACUUGGACAACACAAACCUCAUCCCAUCUUAUGCAUAUAGCACCAUUUCAUUCCAGAAGAGACAAGCUCUAGUGAAUUACUUUGAAAACAACAGAGCAGGGAUUACGCUAUACGGGUUCAUGUUAGAUAGGAGCACACUUCACACCAUUUUCGGUAUCGAAAUGUCUCUUGUUCUAUGGUUGCUUGGAAAGACUGUUGGUAUUUCUUGAGAAUUUUUUUUUUUUCCAAUCCAUUUCUUGUUUGAUAUCAUUCUUGGUCUUUAGGAUUGAUUGCUUUAGACCAUAUUAUAUGUAGAGUCAAAAAGAGAGAAGGUUGGAGAGCGAUCUUGUAAAGGCUUCAUAUCCAUUCAAUUUUUCUGUUCUUUUAUCAUUUUUUUUUCUGUCUCCUUUCUUCUUUUGUUUAUUCUUUUUAAGCCUUGUUUUGUGUAACAUUCCAUCGGUUUCUUGUAUAUUUGGAGUUGUUAUUAGCGAUCAAUACCAUUGUUCUUUGUCUUCUUUUUGGAAAACUCUUUGCCUAAAUUUCAGAUGAAUUAUAGAGCUUCUUCAUUUAACUUGAUAA